CCAGCAUUGCGUGGGAAUUUGGUCCGGAUCGCACUUUGAGUGCUGAAGGAAGUGUGUUGGUUUCAUGGGAAGGCAUUAUGUUGAUUUAGAGUGCCGAGUCGUAGUUGUAUUUGUUCAAUCGAUUUUUGCCCUCCAAACACCGAAUGUGCUUUCCACCACCCACUAGUUCAAUGGCGAAAACAUAUUUUGUGUAGUGCAACUUGCCCAUCUUAUUGACUUGAUAACCAAAGUGGUACUCCAAACACUUCAGAGAGCGCUUUCCCCAUUCAAACAACAACAACAACAACAACAACUAGAGUUGAGAGCAUCUUGACUACGGAGCCAUGGCGGACCAACUUGAGUGACCAUAACGAGGUUGGUUGAGACGAUACAAACAGAAGUAUCUGUCCCCAAGCACUUUCUCCCAACCAAAGCAUAGCCUAGUUGGUCCUUUCCUUCACCACCCGGAGCACGACCGAGACCACAAGAACCAUUGAAAAGCAUCCUCGUGAAAGGCCACAGAGGACACCACAAGUAGUGUCACAUUGCUCUUUUGAGCCCGUGCUUUCCCAAAAUCCAAGGGAAGACAGAGAGAGUCUUUCGAUUUGUGGAUGUACGAGUAUGUACAGUAUACAGAUCGAUACAAGCGAGUGUGAUGUGAGCAUUUCAAACUCAAAGCAAGAAGAAGUGUGAAAUUUCGGUUUGAGUGGAACUCGUGUCUUGGUGUCUUGUUUACUGACGAGUAGUGGAUAAUUAAUCUUGGCUCGCAGAAACAGGGGCGACGUGUAAGAGGAUAUCAGCCUUUGGCGUUGCUGCUCCUCAGAGCACAAAAAUCUCGGGACUUGAUACAAGAUCCGUUUGUGAGAUUGGGAAUCAGACGUUGAGAUGGAAUUGAAAGAGAACGCCAAGUUGAUCAAGGAAACGGAGAUCCUGGACUUGGAUGCAGAGAAUGGUCAACGGAACCUGUGCUAUUCGACUGGUCUCAGAAAUCCUCAGGCCACCGCUCUGUCUGCACUCAAAACCAGGCACAUCCGGCUCUUUAGUGAUGCUGUGAAUGAUGAUCGCUUCGAUGUCAAUCAUUCCUAUCGCUCUGAUGACGGCAUGCUGUCACGCCCACUUCUGGCUAUCGCCUUGGAGCAAUGGACCAAUCCCCGCGAAGACAAUCUUUACGUGGACAUCUUGCUGUCGAUUGGUGCCAGAUUAGAUGAUCUGGACGAAUUCACCGAGGAUGCGCCUUUCCAUACCAUCAUCAAUAAAUGCGAUCCAGACCUUGUGACCUUGGCCUUGAAAUACGUGGGAAGAGGCAGUAUCAAUGUGGCCAAUGGCGAAGGAAUGACGCCUCUACAUUGUGCCACAGCUAUGCUUCUGGACCGAGAGGAGCAACAUCACCAAAAGAUUGGGGACAUUGUUCAAAUCCUGCUUAAAACCGAAGGCAUCGAAGUGAAUGCUGAAGAUUUGCGUGGUGGGCAAACGCCUUUGUUUUAUGCGGCUAGUGCAGGAAAUCGAAGAGUGGUGGAGACUCUAAUGGAACAUGGUGCCGAUUCCAGUUUGGAACUAGAUGGAAAGUCCAUUCAGUCUCUGAUUGAACGGAAAAUCAAGGGCUUCAAUGUCUCGGCAUAUAAGCAAAAGGCCAAGGAGAGGCCCAUCAAGGCUCGUUUGUUUUUGGCCGCCGAGACGAAUGACGUUAAUCUGCUGGUUCAAUUAAUUUCCAACGAUCCAUCCAUUGACUGGGACCAGGAGGACGGUUCCAUGACUUUGCUGCAACUAGCAACCAGUCAUGGAAAUAAGGAAAUGGUCAAGUUCUUGUUGGAGAAAGGCUCCAACCCCAACAAGGCCACAAUAUCAGAGACACGUACUCCAAUUCUGAUUGCCGCUCAUCACGGGUAUUAUGACUGUUUGAAGGUCUUCAAAGAGUGCCCAAGGGCUGACUUUUCCAAAGUGCAACUGGGCACAGAAAAGACCGUUCUCCACGAAGUAUUCCUCCGUGACUCGCCCAAACACUUCUACGGCCAUCAACCGGAAAAUGCCUCUUACGAUAAAUGCUGGCAAGUGUUAUUCCCAACCCACGAAACCAACACCAAAUUUGCGACCCAAAUCAAUCGGAUCAUCAACUACCAAGAGAAGUUGGAUGGCAAUACGGCCUUGCAUUACGCCACCCAGCAAGAGGACCAGGACAUAAUCAAGAUGCUCCUAAAGCAAGGAGCCAAUAUGGGCGUGAAGAACCAUCGCGGCAAAACUCCCGUCCAAUGCAUCUUACCCGACACCCUAGCCGACUUCUUGAGUGACGAAUGCAUUGAGAGAAAAGGAAUCAUCACGGAUGAGGACUUUCAAAUCACUUUCAAGUACGAUUUUCUGGCUCCCCCCAUCCUCAGCGAGAAGAUGGCCAAGACCUAUGAAAAUUCCGGAAAGCUCAACGAAGACGGAUACCAUGGGGAACGGCCUCUACCGGAAACUGAAGCUCUUUGGUAUCUCUCCACAGUAUCCAACGAUCAUCGGGCACUUUUGAAGCACCCGGUGAUUGCCAGCUUUCUCUGGCUGAAAUGGCAGAGAAUUCGGACCAUCUUCUACGUCAAUCUGUUUCUUUAUUUCCUGUUCGUGCUGCUCCUCACCAGUUUCAUCUUCUUGAGAUUCGGAGGAUUUGCCGUUCAACCUGCGUUCAACGUCAGUGAUGCCCAAAGACAUCCCUCGUAUGAUUUCAACAACAGCAACAAGACCGCCAUUGUCAUUCUCACCGUUGCCAUAUCCGUCCUCUUGGCCAUUCUGGCGUUGCGAGAAAUAUUUCAAAUGUUGGUCUCCGUCAAGCGCUACUUCUUCAGUCCGGAAAACAUCAUGGAGAUCAUGAUCCUCGUCAUAAGCUGUAUAAUUCUAUAUGAUGAAGAUGCAUACACCAUGGACACUAAACGACAUCUGGCUGCAGUGUGCAUUCUCAUGACGUGGACCGAGAUGCUAGUUUUGAUUGGGCGUCACCCUCGAUUGAGCACCAAUAUCACCAUGUUCACCACGGUCAUCACCACGUUCUUUGCCUUUCUCCUUUGGUACAGCAUCAUCAUCAUUGCCUUUGGCAUCAGUUUCUACAUCAUGAUGCACCAGGACUUCAAGGAGGGAGAAUUGAACACGGAAUACCCUUUCUUUGACACCAUCUGGUUGGCCUUGUUUAAGACGUCUGCCAUGUUCGUGGGGGAGCUGGAGUUCGCUGACAUUCCAUUCACGGGCAACGUUUUGAGUUACCUGAUCUUCUUGGCCUUCAUCUUCUUGAUUGUGGUGGUUUUGAUGAAUCUUCUCAAUGGCUUAGCAGUAAGUGAUACUGGCCUCAUUCGGGAAGAGGCCGAGGUCGUUGGAUGGACAUCACGGGUUGAGUCGAUCACUUACGUGGAGUCUAUGUUGUUGGGCGAUCCCUUCUACUUCCUGAGCAACUGGCCUCCGAUCAAGAUUUUGCAAAAGAUUCCAAAUUGCACUGUAUGCCGGUUAUUGUACCGUUUCCCAAGAGUUCGCGACCUCCUGCAGAAAAUCUCGGGUGGAACCAAAAUUUUGUUGUUCUACUCUUGUCUACCAAACAAGAGGGCCAUUUUCACUCCCAAUAAGAAAACCCAACGAUUGCUCCUUAGCUACAAGAACAGUCUGAAAAUCGACCACGAAACGGCUAAUGGCAUUUCCUUGAAGACGGAGGGACAGAAAUUGGCCAUCAGUGAUGAUGUUUUGGAUUCGGCCAAGAGUCUUCUUCUGGCUAAAAUGCGGGCGGAGAAAGAAGCCGAAGAGAAAAAGGCCAUUCAUGAUAAAUUAGAUCGAUUAGAAAAAAUCGAGUCGAUGCUUGAACAGCUCCUUGCUAAGAAAUAAAUACCACUGUUUCUAGCCAAAACAAUCCACAUAUUCUUGAUCUCACAUUGAUUUUCAGUCUAAUAAAUUGUCUACAAUUGUAAA